AGGGUAUCAAACAAGUUAACAUAAAUCAGUUUUUAAGCACUUCUCUUGAACUCUGAACACUAACUCAAUUUCCUCUGUCAUAGGGAUAUGGGAGACAAUAUAACAACCAUCACAGAGUUCCUGCUCCUGGGAUUUUCACUUGGCCCAAAGAUUCAGAUGCUUCUCUUUGGGCUCUUCUCCAUGUUCUACAUCCUCACCCUGCUGGGGAACGGGGUCAUCCUGGGGCUCCUCUCCCUGGACUCCAGACUGCACAGCCCCAUGUACUUCUUCCUCUCACACCUGGCCAUUAUUGACAUCGCCUAUGCCUGCAACACGGUGCCCCAGAUGCUGGUGAACCUCCUGAACCCAGCCAAGCCCAUCUCCUUCGCUGGCUGCAUGACACAGACCUUUCUCUAUUUGACAUUUGCUGUCACAGAAUGUCUUCUCCUGGUGAUGAUGUCCUAUGACAGGUAUGUGGCCAUCUGCCACCCCCUCCGAUAUUCUGCCAUUAUGACCUGGAGAGUCUGCAUUAUCCUAGCAGUGACUUCCUGGACCACUGGAGUCUUUCUAGCCUUGAUUCACGUAGUGUUACUUGUAUCUUUACCCUUCUGUAGGCCCCAGAAAAUCAACCACUUUUUCUGUGAGAUCAUAGCUGUAAUCAAGCUUGCCUGUGCAGAUACACAUAUCAAUGAAAACAUGGUCUUGGCUGGAGCAAUUUCUGUACUGGUGGGACCCUUGUCCUCAAUUGUAGUUUCAUAUACAUGCAUCCUCUGUGCCAUCCUCAGGAUCCAGUCAGGGGAAGGUCAAAGAAAAGCCUUCUCCACCUGCUCCUCCCACCUCUGUGUGGUUGGACUCUUCUAUGGCACAGCCAUUAUCAUGUAUGUUGGGCCUCAAUAUGGGAACCCCAAGGAGCAGAAGAAAUAUCUCCUGCUGUUUCACAGCCUAUUCAAUCCCAUGCUCAACCCCCUGAUCUACAGUCUUAGGAACUCAGAAGUGAAGAAUUCUUUGAAGAAGGUGCUGGGAGUAGAAAGAGCUUUAUGAGAAGAUUAUGGCAUCAUGGUUCAUAGUGACCUAGGAAGUUAUGAUAUAAUUUCAAG